UAUGUCCUCACUGGCCUAAUUUCGGAAUAAAGCAAUUAGCUUUAAAAAUUUUAGUUUUUAUUUAUCACAAAAUCGAAAAACCUUGACUCAGCCAGCCACCAAGAUCAAUGGCGACGCAUAUCCUGAGACGACAAGUGAGUCGGAUCCUUUCCCAUGCGAGCCCUAACUCUAAUCCUACCUCGUAUUUCUCUUUAGCUAGACCUUUCUCUUCGGCCACCGACACCAUUCGAGCCACUCUCUUCCCCGGCGAUGGCAUCGGCCCCGAGAUCGCUGAGUCCGUCAAACAGGUUUUUAGAACUGCUGAAGUGCCAAUUGAAUGGGAAGAACAUUAUGUUGGGGACCAAGUUGAUCCAAGAACUCAAAGUUUUCUAACUUGGGAAAGUCUAGAAUCAGUAAGAAAGAAUCGGGUAGGCUUGAAAGGUCCAAUGGCUACUCCUAUUGGUAAAGGUCAUCGGUCUUUGAAUCUUACUCUAAGGAAAGAACUUAAUCUGUAUGCCAACGUCAGGCCUUGUUACAGUCUCCCGGGUUAUAAGACUCGGUAUGAUGAUGUGAAUCUUAUUACUAUUCGUGAAAACACUGAAGGGGAGUACAGUGGACUUGAGCAUCAAGUGGUGAGAGGUGUAGUUGAAAGUCUCAAGAUUAUUACUCGUCAGGCAAGCUUAAGGGUGGCUGAAUAUGCUUUUCAUUAUGCUAAGACCCAUGGAAGAGAGAGAGUUUCUGCAAUUCAUAAGGCCAAUAUUAUGCAGAAAACAGAUGGUCUUUUUCUUAAGUGCUGUCGUGAAGUUGCAGAGAAAUAUCCUGAGAUAACUUACGAGGAAGUAGUCAUUGACAAUUGCUGUAUGAUGCUUGUGAAGAAUCCGGCACUUUUUGAUGUAUUGGUGAUGCCUAACCUCUAUGGUGACAUUAUCAGUGAUCUUUGCGCUGGAUUGAUUGGGGGCUUGGGCUUAACACCUAGUUGCAAUAUUGGUGAGGGAGGAAUAGCACUUGCUGAGGCUGUCCAUGGUUCGGCACCUGAUAUCGCUGGAAAGAAUAUGGCAAAUCCAACUGCCUUACUAUUGAGUUCGGUCUCAAUGUUGCGCCACUUAAAUCUCCAUGACAAGGCUGAUAGGAUUCAGGAAGCCAUUCUCAGCACAAUCGCAGAGGGUAAAUAUCGCACUGCUGACCUAGGUGGCACAUCAACAACAACAGAUUUUACAAAGGCCAUUUGCGAUCACCUUUGAAGUUUGUUCCUUUGAAGCAUUUCUAGUUUUUGCAUUUGACUUCCUUGCAAUUUGUUUGCUACGGUUUUUUACCUCAGCUUAAAUGUUUUCAUCCCUUACUAAGAGGAAUAAAAUCAUAUCGAAGAUGAUGGCUAUGCUUUCAACUCCCUAUCUUCAGCCGUGGAGAAUACAUGGCAUCAUUUAAAUUUGUUAAAAACAUAGUUCAAUUCAGAUGUCAUCAUCUUUUAACACUUUAAAGAUUGAUAUGUUCCAAUCUGGUUAUAUUUUUGGGUUUUA